AAGGGGGUGUGUCUUGGUGUGGAGGGAGGGUGUACGAGUCGUGUAUAUAUAAAGGUGGCGAGGAGUGGCAGUGUUAGUGGUCCUUCCUGUUACAGUGCUGCCACAGAUAACAACAAGCAUCAUGAGAGUCUUCAUUCUAUUGUGUGUGGUGGGUGCGAGUCUGGCGUGGCCCAAUCCCCAGCAGGAGCCAUAUGACCCGCUGUACAGGGAGCCACCGCAGUACUACCAGGACGACCCCAGGUAUCCCGUACCAGCACCCAAGCCUGAACAGUACCGCCCCCAGCCUCCCAAGUACCAGAAAUAUCCCACUGAAGAGGAAGAAGAGGAAUAUGAACAUGUCAACACAAUCCCAGGUGAGCCCGGAAAGGACUACCCGGUGUUCUCCAUCGUCCCCAGCACAAGCUUCUCCUGCAGCGACAAACUUCCGGGCUUCUACGCUGAUGGGGAGGCCAACUGUCAGGUAUGGCACUACUGCAAGACCGAUGGACUAAAGGAGUCUUUCCUCUGCCCCAACGGUACCAUAUACAACCAAGAGAACCGCGUGUGUGAGUGGUGGUUCAACGUGAGCUGCGACCUGGACUCUCUCACCGUGCAGGCCAGGGUGAACGAGGACCUUUACAUCGUGCCCUCACCGCGACCCGAGGAUAAGUACACUGCGGGGCCUAGCUACUCCAACGAGGGACGCCAACAGUACCAGCAGCCCACGCAGGCUUACCCAGACUACUAGCCAGCGCCUGCCGGAGGGGUGCUUGUAGUCCUUACGUGUACUUGUUUAUUAGAUUAAUGUUACUGUACGUAAGGGAAGAAGAAGAGUUAUUUAAUAAGUAUGUUAAUAAAUAAUAUGUUAACAAAA